CGUCACUUGUUCCCCCUUUGUCAAAUAUGAUUUCGCGCCAACUAGUUUUUUGACGGUUAAAAUAUUUAUUAGCGAAGUGAGCGAAAACUACGAACUCCUUUUUGGUGCCAUUUGAACAAAAUAGUUGAAAAUCUGAAGAUUCAUCUAUAAUUUCUCAGGUAAAUAAUCUGAGCAAGUUUUUGAUUCAUUAAACGAAUAUUUGGGAGUGACAAAAUGAAUGUGCUACAAACAAACACAAACUCACCAGGAGAGCGUGUUUAUUCUGAUAAAAUCAGGGACCGACGUAGGGCUCUAUUCCCACAUUCGGAGACUCCAACAAAUAUGGAGGAAGAUGCAAAUCUUCUGGAUGCAAGCCCAGAAUAUAUCGCAUACCAGAAUAUUUCCAAAAUUCCUAGUACCGAGUUGAUAAGGAAGAUACUAGAUACUCCGGAGAAGAAGUUGAAUUUCGAGGUUUCAACUACUAGUCCAUGUAGAAACAUUGAGGAUAAUGGCAAUACUUCUUCUUUAUCCCUAACUCAAAUCCUCAAGACCCCAAAUGACUCUCAUACUCACACAGAAGAAGCUCCUAAAAUACCAAGGAAAAGUAUUGGAUCUGAUAAGGAGGACCAAAAUUCAUCUUGCAAUAAAAGCUCUAAAGUUAGAACAACCCUAUUCCGUGAUAUGGAAAUCUCAUUGUCCACAAGGCAGUUCUAUCCAUCAACAGACCCCAUUGUCAGUAAGAAAAAGACUUCUGUUUUAUCGAUACAUUCCAAAAAACUCGAUGAUCAAUCCAAAAGAAGGAAAAGUCUACCAAGGAAAAGACUAUUUGGCCAAAUAAAUGGUGGUGUGAGACAUAAAAUAAGGAAAAGAGAAAAGUCACCAAAGAUAUCUAAAGCCUCAGUAUCUCAAAUAAAAACUUACAAGAGUGAUUUUGCUGUGGAUUCCAAAUUCGAAGAAUACAUGAAGGAUUUAAAAGAGAUCAGUCAAAAUAAAGAAGUAAAGCUUAUUCAGCAUGUGCCAAAAGUAAAUCUAUCAAAUACUUUGAAAAAAUCACAUGAUGAUACCACGGAUAUUGUGUGUGAGAAAUCCAAAAAUUCCGAAACUGUGCUGAAUGAUCCUACAAGCAAUUUUUCUUUUGAAAAUGAUACAUUAGAAAAUGAAGUGAGUGUGCCUAUAGAAAAUAUACUGAAUGCAUUAGAAGAGUCAGUUGGGGAAGAUAAGGAGAACAGGUGUAGGGAUAAAGAAGGACUGUUAUCCCCAACAGCGGAAUUGAGUACUAUGACAUUAGGGCUGAAGUUGGGCUCACCGAAAACAGCAAGAAAUUUGACCACUGUUUUUCAGAAUAUGGCAGACACUAAUAGUCAAGCUUCAUUAGAAAAUAAUAAGUCCGAAUAUUACCCUUUAUUCUAUCCUCAAAAGAGGAAAAUGGAGAAGGCACUAGAAAAAGAGUGCCCGAUUAAGAGAAGAAAAAUGAAAGUAACUUCUGAUCAAAUGCUGCUGGAUGCCGGUCAAAAAAAAUUUGGACUCGUAGAAUGUGCCGAAUGUAAUUAUGUGUAUAAUGCUGGUGAUCCAAAAGAUGAACAUUUGCAUGAUAACCAUCAUAAUGCCACAAAUAUUCUCCAGUUCAAUGGAUGGAAAAAUGAAAGAAUUGUCGAUCAAAUUGAUGGAAGAAUCAUUCAGAUACUUCCUGGCGACUCCAAGCAGUGGAUCGACAAAGUGAAACGUCUUGCUUCCUUCAUUAAUAGAGAAAUGGGUUACCAAAAUAUGGAAAUUGAUAUCAGUAGAUCCAUGGUUUUCCUUUUCAUAUUCAACAAGUCUAUCAUUGGCUGUUUGAUGGCUGAGAGCAAAACUUCCGCGAACAAGAUAUUAACAGCCAACGUUGAGGUUGAUCUGUGCUCACUGGAAGAAUACCCUGUAACGUGCGGAGUGUCCAGAAUCUGGGUUGCACCUAGCUAUCGAAAGAAAGGAAUAGCCACAAAACUGAUGGAAACCCUUCGCAAGAAUUUCUUACCAGAUCGAAUGGUUGAAAAAGGGGAAAUAGCCCUUAGCGCCCCUACACCUGAUGGAAAACUAUUUGCAACCAAAUACUUUCAAACGCCAAACUUUUAUACAUAUUUGAAUUGAUUGUGAUGUAGACGAUUAAGGUUGAAUAUGCCAUAUUGUUUUGUAUUUUUUUACGGGAGAAUUUUUAUUUUUUCAUUCAUUUCAGCAACUUCUGAGAAAUGACAAGUGAACACUUGCCAGAAAUUUAUUUUUAUAUUUUGUUAAAUUAGUUCAAGAUCUACAAUCUUGAUGAGUUCAUGAGCCGUGCCAAUGUCCGAUGAUUUUUCGUUGCCAUGACUUUAAAUCUGUAAAUUCGGUACAGUAGGAAGAAUUUACAUUUUGUAAAUAAAGUUAAUUAGGGUAUGUUCCAUUUUUAAUGAGAUUACUGAAGAAUUUUAUCAAUGUCCAUAAAAAUUAUCAGAUCUGCAUUUUACUUUGUUAUUUAUUUAUAGGGCUAUUCUUAAAAAGAAUCAAGAAGUUUUCAUGAUUCAGAGUGAUCUGCAUGUAUUUGUAGUUUCCGCACUAAGUUUCAUUAAACGAAGAUUAAAUUGUCAGUCUUUAUUUCAUUAUUUCACAGAAAUUGUUUUUAAUCUUUGUUUAAUGAAACCGUACACACAGUCAUAUGCUAAUGGUUGAUUCUUCCUCCAAAUUUAAAUUAUUAAAUAUCUAUUAUGCAAACAUUUUUAGUUUUGUUUUAUUCUUGUUUAUUACAUAUGGAAUUAUCUAUUCCAAGGUCAGAAGAUUUUAUUCUGGAAUAAAGUAUUUUUUCAA